UUGAACGGAAAGAGAAGCGCGUGGUCACUAAACUUGAUACCGGCGACAUCCGGAUGUCCGGUAAACCCUUCAUUCUUCGCAGCUUCCCGGGCGACGUUUUCACUUUUUGAGUUUGAAACACCUCAGCAGCGUUAAACCUCCAACUUCGCUCCAGCGUGCGCGAUGGCCGGACAGGGGACGCGGGCUCCGAGAACACCCGUCGGCGCCCUUGGAGCGCCGCCGCUGUUGCUGCUGCUCCUCCUCCUCUGCGCCGCCCUGUCGCCGGACUCGGUGGGGGCGGCGGGCCGGGACUACUACGAGCUGCUGGGGGUGGGCAGGGACGCCACCACCCGCCAGAUCCGCCAAGCCUUCAAGAAACUGGCUCUCACCAUUCACCCCGACAAGAAUCCCGGAGACGCGAGCAGCCACGAGAAGUUCCUACAGGUCAACCGAGCCUACGAGGUCCUGAAGGACGAGGACCUGCGCAAGAAGUACGACAAGUACGGCGAGAAGGGGCUGGACCAGGCCGGAGGGGGCCGCUACGAGAGCUGGAACUACUACCGUUACGACUUUGGCAUCUACGACGACGACUCGGAGAUCAUCACGCUGGACACCGGAGACUUUGAGGCGGCGGUGAAUUCCGGAGAGAUCUGGUUCAUCAACUUUUACUCCCCGCGGUGUUCACACUGUCACCAGCUCGCUCCCACGUGGCGGGAGUUUGCCAGGGAGAUGGAUGGCAUCAUCCGCAUCGGCGCGGUCAACUGCGGCGACAACCACCACUUGUGUCGGCGCAAAGGCAUCAACAGCUACCCCAGCCUCUACAUCUUCUCAGCCGGACAGAAAGCCGAGAAGUUCCACGGCGAGCGCGCCAAAGACCAUCUGGUGACCUUCAGCAUGCGCUUCGUCAAGACGGGCGUCACGCAGCUGCGGCAAGGCGACGUGUUCAAAGAGAUGGAGGGCGCCUUUGCGCGAGGCCUGGGCUGGCUCAUCACCUUCUGCGCUGACACGGGAGAUUGUUUGGAGCGCAGGACCCGACAGAAGCUGGCGUCCAUGCUGGACGGCCUGGUGAGGGUCGGAUGGAUGGACUGCAGCGCGCAGCCGCAGCUCUGCCAGAGUUUCCAGGUCACCGGCGGAGCGACCGCUCUGUUCCCGCCGGGAAGCGCGGCGGAUCGGGAAGGCGACGUGCUGUGGUUGAGCUCUCUGGACAGCAGGGAGAUCUACGCUCGGGUCCUGCGGCACCUGCCCGACUUGGAGCUGCUCACGGCCGACAACUUCCACCUGAAGUUGGCCCGCCAUCGCUGGUUGAUCUCGUUCACGUUCGGAGAGCGCGGCCCAGGCGCGGACGAGUACAAGAAACUGCGGGCCUUCCUGCGCGAUGACCACAUCCAGGUGGGCCGGCUGGACUGCCUUGUGGACUCUCAGCUGUGUCGGUCCAUGUACGUCCACAAAGCCUGCGUGGCCGUCUUCAAAGGCCUGGGAGUCCACGACUUUGAGAUCCAUCACGGCAAGGACGCCAUCUACAACAUCGUGGCUUUCGCCCGGGACAGCGUGCGGGCUCACGUCACCACUCUGAGGCCCGACAACUUCCCCUCCGACCGGAAGGAGCCCUGGCUGGUGGACUUCUUUGCCCCCUGGUGCCCGCCGUGUCGAGCUCUGCUUCCCGAGUUGAGGAAAGCGUCCAUCCGGCUGGCGGGACGCGUCAGGUUCGGCACCUUGGACUGCACCGUCCACCUGGACCUCUGCUCCACGUACAACAUCGAAGCGUACCCCACCACCGUCAUCUUCAACGGCUCCUCCGUUCACGAGUACGAAGGACAACAGUCGGCCGACGGCAUCCUGGAGUUUGUGCAGGACCUGGUCAACCCGUCCGUGGUGGUUCUGGACCCCUCCAGUUUUGCGGAGAAAGUGACAGGUUUGGGCCAAGGUGAAAUGUGGGCCAUCGAUUUUUACGCACCCUGGUGCGGCCCGUGUCAGGCUCUGCUGCCCGAAUGGAGGCGCAUGGCGCGGAUGUUGUCGGGCCAGGUUCUGGUGGGUUCGGUGGACUGCCAGCGCUUCCAGUCCUUUUGCCAAGGCCAAAACGUGCGCUCCUACCCCGAAAUCCGCCUGUACUCGGCCGGCGGCAGGACGGGCUACCGCCACACGACUUACAACGGCUGGCAAAGAGACGCGCACACGCUGCGAACGUGGGCGCUCAGCGCGUUGCCCCGAGCGUCGCUGGAUCUGACGCCGAGCUCCUUCCGCUCUCUGCUGCUGGAGGGUCACGACCCCUGGGUGGUGGACUUCUAUGCCCCGUGGUGCGGACCCUGCCAGCGCUUUGCCCCCGACUUUGAGGUUUUGGCUCGGGUCCUUAAGGGGGAAGUCCGGGCCGGUAAGAUUGACUGCCAGGCUCACGGUCAGACCUGCCAAUCGGCCGGAAUCGCCACCUACCCCACGGUACGCCUCUACGAAGCCGACCGGAAUGGCAACAGGCGCCCAAACGGCGGCGAGAACAUCGACAGCCGAGAUGCAAACGUGAUUGCGGACGUCAUCAGACAGAGACUACGGCGCUCGUCGGGACGCUUGCGCGACAGGAAGGAUGAACUCUGACGAAUGGGAUCGGGUGGAGCCACAAACACUACCGAGGCACAAGAAGACACACUGGACUCUUGGCAUCAGCAACUUCUCUGCCUUCUUAUCUCUUCAUUUUGCUUUUUCUUUUUUUUUUUAAACAUGGACGUCUCUGUGGUUGGUAUUUACUCUGUGAGAUAAAACUAGUAGGAGACACUGUUACACACACACAUACACACACAAAUCCUGAAUGUACACAAAUAAAAGCAAAAUAUUCCUAAAUA